AUGUACUCUCGACCGGAGGGGGUGGAAAGUCUUGAGCAGAAGGGGCUGGUUGCUGCUGUUGAUAAGUAAACAGUAAAAACGAGAAAACAUCGAGGCGAAAUCAAACAACAAUAAUAUUAGGAGCCGUUAAGUUUGAUUCCUCCAAUUUUCUUUCCUGGCCCGCCAUAAGAGAUGCGUCUGAGAUGAAAAGAGUUUGGGUUAUUUUGACAAAAAAUUAAAUGUGAAUCGCUCUAUGGCUGUCACGCAAGAUGUCAUCGCCAAUGUUUUGUGCUUAGGUUCGCAGUCACGUAACACUACUGUGGAGGGGCAAGUCUUCAUGGGAUAGAUCAAGAGCAACAUUCCCAGAAUUCUAUGCCAUUUCCCUUCUGUCAGGUCAGCCGGCAAAAUGGCGGACUUACACGUGUAUUUUAUUUCAGCCCUCGUUUUAUCUUGCUGCAUACAAAUUUUAGCAGGGUAAAUCGUGCUCUUUCUAAUCUCUUCUAUAUAAUUUUUUUUUCCAUCUGCUGUUUUUUAAAAUAUUUUUGCGCAUCAUCAGGCGGGAUUUUUACGCAAUCUUGGGCGUCUCGAGAGAUGCAAGCAAGAAUCAAAUCAAGCGGGCAUACAGAAAACUGGCGAUGAAGUGGCAUCCCGAUAAAAACAAGGAGGACCCUAAAGCACAAGAAAGAUUUCAGGAUCUGAGUAGUGCAUACGAGGUUUGUUUUCAUAACAAUUCUAUAUCAUACACUGUUAAGACAUUCCUUGAAUCUGUUUAUGAUGAUUAAUAAUUCAACUUUCCUCAAGGUUUAAAAGCAUCCCCGUUAGGCUACAGAAAAUUGUCGACUUUCCCGUUUUGGUGUACUGUACCCUAUGAAAAUCUCAAAACAAACGUUUCAAUAAAUUUUAAAUUUUUAAGUACAUCAGUAAGUUAUUGUGUUUUACAAGUUCAAUUUUACUGCAAGUUUCAAUCAGCUUAUCGAUUCCUUAGCCUAGCGUCAUUUACACAAGCAGUAGAUUACGUAAAGCUAAGUGAGUUUUCAGCUCUUUUUAAAUAUCAGCUGAAUUUAAAGCUCCAGAAUCAAUAGCAGUUGUUAUACAGCGCGAGAUAAUUUCAUUGUUCCUUGUUUCGCUUCAAAUUGGUUUUUGUGUUUUUGCACAACCGAUAGCUCUGGAACUUUAGUCGAUUCAUGCACGAGUCACGAAAGCUCAGCUAAAUCCUCUGUAGACGUAGAUGUGAAGGAUUUUGAAGAGAAGAGAAAGUUAUAUUUAUUUCCGUGUGAUUUAUCGUUUUUACAAUGUACAUUUUCGGAAAAACCAACGUAAGUUUUGCAUCUUAUGCAAAUUGGUCAAGGUGUCUGUCCGUGAUUGGUUAGUUUAUCUCGGUUGACACAUUGGGUCAAGAAAGUCUUAUCGAGUGCAUUUCAGUCAUGUUACAGAGUUAUUACCAUGCUGUUAUGAUUUAUUUGUUUUAAUUUCAAAUGUGGCUUCAAGUAGAAAGUCAAAGUAAAUUUUCAGCUAGGUUUUUUUUUUUUUUUCAACUUUGUCAGUUCAUUGUCACUUUAGGCAAACAGGUGGUGUUGAUGGUAAUUGUUUUCAAAAUAUUUAUCUCUUAACCCUUGAACCCCCAAGAUCUGAUUGUUAAUUCUCCCCUCUAGCUGCUAUAUAUCUCCUUGUAAAUUAGUUACAAGAAUUUGGAGGUAGAUAAACCUAUCAACUUCUCUCUGAUGAGGUCAGGUAUUCUCAUUAUCUGUCUGCUGGAUAAUGUAAGGAUAUUAUGUGAAGAAGUUACAUGUUAAUCACUUCUUGGUGUUUAAAGGUUGACACUGAAUUUUUUUCAACAGCUUGUGUCGCCAAAAUAAUUAUAUAUUUGAUAAUUAUUUUUGUGUUUCUCUAAUUUUUUUUUCAUGUUUCAUAAACCUAUGGAACACUUUGCUUUAUGCUGUAGGUCCUAGCUGAUGAUGAGAAGAGAAAGGUUUAUGACAGGCAUGGAGAGGAAGGACUGAAAAAUAUGCAACAAGGAGGUGGUGAUGGUUUUGAUCCUUUUUCAAGGUACAUUGUUUUGUGUGAUGAAGAAAGAUCUUAUUCUUUUUCUCAUGAGCAUGGCACAACGAUAGAAUUUCACUUUUCUGGAAGGAAUGGUACCUUGGACCUGUGAUUGUAGGUUCUGUGCUCCAAUGCUCUUCCAUUAAGUCACAGAGCACCAAGGGUUUUUUCAUUCCUUCCAUGCUCUUUCUGUACUCCUUAACCAAACUCAAAACUUACCUUAUUUUGUUCUCUAGUUACUGUUUAUUAUUAUUUUUUUGAUUUGAAUUUUCCUUGUUAUUCCACAUCUCACCCUAUUAUCAAUUUUUCCUAAAGGUAAUAAAUAUAUAUAAUUUAUUAUUAUUAUUGAGAAAAGACCUGUGGAUUGUAAACAAAAUCAUCAGUUAGCAAGCCUUCCCUGGCCACUUUUCUUAACUUUAACCCCCAAGGGUGACUAGUUUUUCAUUUCUGUUUAUGGUAUCUCCUUUUCUUUAGAUGUAAAAGUUGUGAAAAUAAAGUAAAAGAGUUGCCAAUUUUGGAACCUUCUGAUUGAUUGUCAGUACCACAAAUUCAGUUUCAUGGAUACUAAUGUUUGUCUUUACCCCAAGAUCUGAUUAAUAAUUCUCCUUACUAUUCCCAAAAUUCUUAUGAUGUUAGUUCAGAGAACUUGGUAUUAGAUCAACUAAUAAUCCCAUUUGAUAUUCUUCGCUAUUCUCAUGGACACUAAUGUUUGUCACUUGUGGGAGUGAAAGGGUUAAGGGUGAACACAUGUAAUGUUACUUCAUUUGAGGCAUUGUUUUGACCUUGACUGGUUAUAAUGUUGACUCAGUCAUCUUUACUUUUAGCUUCUUUGGAGGGUUUGGUUUUCAUUUUGAAGGAUCACAACGUGGGGGUGAAAGGGAAGUCCCUCGUGGAAGUGAUAUUCACAUGGAUCUUCAUGUCACAUUAGAAGAACUCUACUCUGGAAACUUUGUAGAGGUUAGUGAAGAAUUCAACCCUGUUAAUACAAUAAACAUAUUUUUAUACAAACUUGACGUUUACAUAUACUGGAUUGUUGAUACAGGUCUGAUAAAGCAAUUAUGAGUACAGUGGACAGUUACAAGCCAGCAAAUCCCUGCCACAGAGAAUGUUAAAUUACUAGGUUUUAAUAUAAGUAUUCAGUGAAUUAAUCUUAAUCCUAAUAUCAGUCCUUCAGAUAGGCAGUCAGGCAGUCAAUAGUCAUUUGCUCUGACGAAGGGCUAACACUUGAAAUGUCAGCUUUGAAAUUCUAUAUGAUGGCCAAUUUAAUCAUCAACUCAUUUGAUGAUAUCAAAUUACCCAUUCAGUUAGUCAGUCACUCAGGUAGUCAGUCACUCAGUUAGUUAGUCAGUCAAUCAGUCAGGUAUAGUUAGUCACUCAGUUAGGUAGUCAGUCACUCAGUAAGGUAGUCAGUCAAUCAGUCAAUCAGUCAGUCACUCACUCAGUUAGUUAGUCAGUCAAUCAGUCAGAUAGUCAGUCAAUCAGUCAGGUAAUUUUGUUCAUCUGUCAGACAAUCAGUCAGUCAAGGAGGCAUGAAUUUAAAUCCCAUCAAAGCUUUAAAGUUUCUGGGCUUCUUUUCUACAAUUACCUGAAUUGAAGUCCACUUGUAAGGAUCAUUUAUUUACUUGAUUUUCAAUUGCAGAUCAAGUGAAAUUUGUUUCCUUAAAAAUUCUAGACAGUCAGGCAGUCUGUCCUAAUACAGUCAGUCAGUCUUUAUGCAGUCUGUCAUUCAGUUAUUUCGUAGGUGUACUGAUUGAUCAUUUGUUCACUGUCCACAGGUUUUACGUAUCAAACCAGUCACGCAGACAGUUCCUGGCACAAGAAAGUGCAAUUGUCGGCAAGAGAUGAGAACAACACAGUUGGGUCCUGGAAGGUUUCAGAUGUCGCCAGUGGAUAUUUGUGAUGAGUGUCCUGCUGUAACUUAUGUCACUAAAGAAAAACUUUUAGAAGUUGAAGUGGAACCUGGAAUGAGAGAUGGACAAGAAUACCCUUUUGUUGCAGAGGGUAAGGACUGGAACAGUUUGAAUUUGAUAUUACUGAUUGUGCUGUGGUUGUUUCUGAGAUUGCUUUGAUCAGCAAAGCAACAAAUCCACAAAAUUCAAAAUUUAGACAUGAGCUUGUUUAGGUAUCCUACCGAAGAGUCUCUGUACAUGGUUCUAUUUUGCUACUAAUUUUUAAUCUCCUCUACCAUAGAAAUCAAAGGAAUGACAAAUUAUUUGAAAAUAAUCAAGCAACUGUUAUUUGAACCAAGAACAAAAUUGAACCACAGCAUCCACAAUUCCUCCCUUUUUUUUCUUUUUGAAGUUUAACUUUCUUGGGUCCAGUUGCACCAUUAAUCCCCUGAAAGUCUUUUAAAGGAAUGACCACGAUUGUCUUUCAAAUGAUGCUUCUCUUUGUUGGUUAGGUGAGCCUCACAUUGAUGGUGAACCUGGUGAUUUGAAGUUUAUCAUAAGAGAGCAAAGGUACAACUAGAUUAGAGCUGAUUUUAACCCUUUAACUCCCAUGAGUGACCAAUGCAGAAUUUCUCCUAACAAUAUCAAUACAAUAUCAAUCAGAUAAGUGAUGAGAAUGAAGAAACAUAUAAACUUGAUUAGUUGAUCCAACACUAAAUUCUUAGAACUAACAUUAGAAGAACUGUAUAGUUGACAGUAAGGAGAAUUACAAAUUUGAACUGGGAGUUAAAGGGUUAAUGUUCUCAAGUUGUUUGGUAUUUCUCUGUGAAAUUAAAAGAGAAUAACAUUUUGUCUCAAGGGUUACCCAAGGCUUUACUCUAGGCACUCUUUCAAGUGAUGGGAGGUAUCAUGACAUGAUGGUUUGUGUUCCUGGGGUAUGUUUCUCAAAGUUCCCGGUAACUUAACAAGCCCGUAAAGCUUUUCUGUUUUAUUCAAGAUGGGGUUUUCAAAAGGUUUGAAAAUUGUACCAAAAAAAACUGUUAGCUAAAGAAACAAAGUGGACCGAUAAGGUGGGCCUCUCUAUUCUUUCAGUUUUGAUCUUAAGAUUUAGCUUUGGGCCUGUUAAGUUUGUGAGACUUGCGAGAAACAGGCCCUUGGUCUGAUCAAGAGGUCAGGGGGUUAAGCUGUGGGCAAGAUGCUUAACUCCUGCAAUGCUCACCCCACUCACUCCACCCUGGGGCAUAAACUUUUACCUGCCAACUGUGUGGGAAAUGUGACAAAAUAGGGGAGGGAGGGAGGGUGGUGAGUGUUACCUACAAUGGAGCAGAAUCCCAUCCAGAGGGGGUGGAAAUACUCCAAUUUGCUGAACCCUUUUAGUUGAGCUACUGGAAUCUGAUUGUUAAUUCUCCCCUCUGGCUUUCACCCAUUUUCUUUUAAGUUUUUCCAAAGAAUUUUGUGUUUGAUCAAGAAAACUUUUGAGCAUUCUCAUCAGUUGUUUUCUGGUAAAUGUAUGGAUGUUAUAGGGUGAAGUAACUUGUUUAUCACCUCUGGACGGGUAAGGGUUAAUGAUGUGGCAACUUGGAUAGGACCCAACAGUAUUAGCCAUUAUCAGUUUGUAAGCAGACUUACGGUGCAGCAAUUUUAAAGAGUAUAUCGCAUCAACAGGCAUGAUAGAUUUCAGAGAAAAGGAGAUGAUCUUUACACAAAUGUGACUGUUGCUUUAAUUGAUGCAUUAAAUGGAUUUGAAAUGGAUAUUGACCAUCUGGAUGGUCACAAGGUUAGUUUAUGGUUGAGCUUGCGAGUGGCUUCACAUGAGAUCUAUUUACAUAAACAUUAAACCAAUCAGCCCUUAACACUUUCACUCCCAAGAUCUUGUUAGUAAUUCUCCUUACUUUCUGCAAUACAAUUCUUGUUAUGUUGGUCCAGAGAAUUUGGUUUUGGAUCAGCUAAUAGUCCCCUAACUGAUAUGUUUCUUUUUCUCAUCACUUUUCUGCUUUAUAUUGUAUUAACAUUGUAAUGAGAAAUUCCGUCUCAGUCAUUCAUGGGAGUUAAAGGGUUAAAAGGUUUUUCAAAGUUUUUCUAAGGUUUUUCUCAAUGAAAAUUGAUGAUAAUUUGAUUUCCAGCACUUUACAACCUACUCCUAUGCUCUGAAAAUAGUUGUCUUCUCUUGUUUGCCUGCAGUGUAUGAGAAUGAAAAUUAAAUGUCUAUCACAUCUUGAUAAGAGUUUUUAUAUUACACUGUGAUAACAGUUUGAUAUUCAGCUAUUUGUAUACCACCCCUUUGCACCACUGAGAGCCAAUUGGAUUGCAAGGAUCACCAAAGAUAACUGAAAAAUAAUUCUUGUAGCUUAAGAAAUGCAUGUCAAAGAGCAGGGAGAAUGGAUAUGGAAGGUUGAUGAGUUUGUUUAUCCAUCAGGUGCAUAUUGUGCGGGAGAAAAUCACAUGGCCAGGAGCACGCAUAAAAAAGAAAGAAGAGGGCAUGCCUAACUACGAAAACAAUCAUGAGAAAGGAGAUCUUUUUAUAACAUUUGAUGUUGAAUUUCCAAGAGGUGGCAUGUCAGAAAGUGAAAAAGAAGGUAGGUUCUAUUUCUACCAUGAGAAUUGAUUAACCAAGAAACUAAAACAAGAGUAUAUUGGAGUUCCAUUUUAUUUGUUAUUGAAAUAAUACACAGUUAACUGCUGCACUCCUGAAAAUUGUAAAAAGUGUCCAUUAGUAGAGCUGUCUGCCUUUGAGAAUUAUUCCCAUAAGGGGAUACUAAGGAAAAUUAGGGUGGAUGUCUGCUUACGGGAGAGUUAAUUAACAGGGGUUAAUGUACAUGUUUUGUGGAAAAAAAAGAAAAGAAAUGCACAGUGUACACCCCUAUUCUGUUAUAUCUGUACUCAGUGGUCAACUUGUAAGCCAUAAGCCAUUCCCCAUGAGCAAUUACUGAGUACAGGUUUGACUGUACAUGUUGAUGCAGACUGGCCUUUUUGUAUUGCUUCAAUACCAGCUCAAAGAAGAUAAGGAUGCUAUUUAACAAAAAAAAAAAAACACUCUUUUAUGUUAAACUAUUGUAUUGCUCAUAAAUUAGCAAAUCACUAAUUAAUCUUCGUCUUUGUUUUCAGCUUUGAAGACCAUCUUGAAGCAACAAUCUCAACAGAAAGUUUAUAAUGGACUCUAA